UAUUUUACCAUCGUCCCGGUCUCUUAUUGCUAAUUUGCUCAUACCCAUUUUUGCCGUGUUUUUGAAAGUGAUGAAGUGAAUUUGCGGGUUUCCACAGUGUGAAUGCGUUUGGUUCUUUUCUUCAUAAUGAGGUUUGUUGUUUCUCCCUGCAGCUUUGUUUCUGUAGGGCUGCCCAGCCAGAAGACUGCAGAAUGCCAGACAAAUGAAAAUCUUUAUGAAAAGUAAAAGCAAAAGAAAGAACAGGCUGUCCGCGGCAGCACAGAUCAAACAGGAGGCUCUAGCGCCAUCUAAUGUCUAAAGUCCACACAGCAAGCUAAAAACUUUGAUGUUUAUAAGUUUUCAUGGCUUCGAUCCUUGAAUUAUGUACAAAUGUAUUUUGCAGCCAAAGUGUUUUUCCCAAAGUUAGCCGGACUUUCUGUGGGACAGGGUUAAAGUCGGGCAGCUGCUCGGAGGGCCGCUGGUGAGGCCGCAGAGGAAGUGCGUUCUGCAUGUUCUGCAUUGAGGAACCAGUUUGUCCCUUGAAGAACAGGAGCGUUUCCUCGUCGAUCCGGUAUCAGGUGUUAUCGGAUCAUGUUGGUGUGUGUGUGUGUGUGUGUGUGUGUGUGUGUGUCGGUGUGUGUUUCCUGGACUGUGUGUCCUGACAUGGAGGAGAGUCCCGUCCCGUUCUUCCUGCUCCACUGAGCCUAGCCGCUUCUCUCUGACUUCACUUUAAUCCCCAUUAUCCACAUUUCCCCGGGCCAGGCAGCGGGCCGGGCAGCGGGCCAGGCAGCGGGCCGUGAGGGAGCCGCUGGCCGGGCACGGAGCCCCGGAGGCGGCUGACAGCUCAGAGACCUGCGGGCUGCUCGCUAGCAGGCGGAGCCGCGCCGAGGCAGAAUGUGGGCGUCUUGCUGUAACUGGAUGUGUAUGGACUCAGCCAAUGAGGAGCAGGUGGGCGGGGCUCGGCGUCAGCAGUCUUACACCAACUCUGCAUUCAGCAGUCAGCCGUCACCUGAACACACCUGCAAGGCCUGCGGGGGGCGCUUUGACACACCUGCCAGGAAGCAUGUCUGUGUGGACUGUAAGAAGAGUUUCUGCGGUCGCUGCUCCGCCCAGCUGGAGCCCCGCCCCCGCCUGUGUCACACCUGUCAGCGUUUCUACGGUAACCUGUUGGAGCGGGCGGAGCUGAUGAAGCUGAAGGUGAAGGAGCUGAGGGACUACCUGCACCUGCACGAGGUCUCCACUCACCUGUGUCGGGAGAAGGAGGAGCUGGUGGAGCUUGUCCUUGGUCAGCAGAUGACUCCUUCCAGUGAUGUCACUCCUGGGACUCUGAGCCCUGACCCCCCGACUGCGACCCCCGAUCCUCCCGCCGCGACCCCCGACCCGCCCAUCCUGCCCCCCGCCCCCCCCUUCACACAGCCCGACCCCCCCGCCGCACCCGACAGCCCCGAGGACGAACAGAGCUCGGACGCCGAGGAGGUGCAGGUCGCCGGGCGCCGCGCCUCCCUCUCCGACCUGACCUGCGAGGACGACAUCGAGGCGCUCAGCGUCCGCCAGCUCAAGGAAAUCCUCGCCAGGAACUUCGUCAACUACAAAGGCUGCUGCGAGAAGUGGGAGCUGAUGGAGCGGGUCACCCGGCUGUACCAGGACCAGCAGAACCUGGCCUCCAGCGCUGCAGACACUUCAGAGGGAGGCGGUGGUCUGGAGGAGAACCUGUGUAAGAUCUGCAUGGACUCUCCCAUCGACUGCGUGCUGCUGGAGUGUGGUCACAUGAUCACCUGCACCAAGUGCGGCAAGAGGAUGAACGAGUGUCCCAUCUGCCGCCAGUACGUCAUCCGAGCCGUGCACGUGUUCCGCUCCUGAACGCACCAGCACACCUGCCGCCAGGAAACUCCAGCGGUCCACUCCUCUGAAAGGGAACCUCUGCAGGGCAACACAAGGCUUUUAUUUUGUAAAGUGUAUUUUUCUAGGAUCAAAGUGUUCUUAUCAGCUGUGACGUCGCCGGCGGUUUCCUGGCGGCUGCUGCGGUUUGCUGCCUGCUGAUGGGAUUACUCAGAUUACAGCGAGCCGCAGGCCUGCAGGCUGGGAGACAGGAAGCUGCUUCUCUGAAGGACUGGAGUCUCAGCCCGGCCGCCUGCACUCCCAGCAUGCCUUGUGCCUUAGCCGGCGGCUCGCUGUCACUCUGACUCCACCCCCCCACACCCCCCCCACACACCCCCCCCCCCCCCACGCACAUCAUCAACACUUCCUCUAAGAAAAGAAUCAUCAUGAUAAUUUUAUUUAUUCAGCACUCUUCAGGUUUAAGCAGGAAGUGCUUUUCAGAUUAAAAGAUUUUAUAAAUUAAAAA